AUGGGUGAGCGCGGCGCGCGGCGAAGCGGGCCCCGGCCGGCGGGACGUGGCGCCGCGGCCAAUGGGAGCGCAGGUUUGGUUGGCCAGGCGCGGGGAGGGGAGGACGCUUGGACGAGCGUUCCCAGAGCGGGGCGGGGCCGCUGGGCAUUGUGGGAAGGUGGCGGACCGGGGGCCCUAUGGUGGGGCGGGCAGGGCUGGGGCGCUCCCUUGACUGGGCCUGGCCGACCGCGGAGCAGCUGCCACCCCCCGCCCUCCACGGGCUCGUGGCCGGACCCCACCGGGCCUGUAGGGCCUUGGCGGCCGGUGGUGCGACGGCGUAGGGCGGGCCCGGGCCCCGGACGAUGCGGCUCGUCUCGCACCGCGCGGGGCACUCGCGGGUGCCUGAGGCUGGGCAGGCCCGACCCUGAGUGGGAAGGACCGGUCUCAGCCAUAGGCCCGGGGAUCCCGCCAGCCUGGCCACCCACGGCUGCGGCAGCCCUCGGUGCAAAGGAGGAGAACGCCGAGGCCCUGCGGUGCCAGCCCUGCGCUCCCAAGCUCUGGCUGCUGCUGUUCCCUGACCACGAACCACUAGAGCCUGACGGGGACAGAACCUGUCAUCUGAACUCUGUGCUUCUGCUGGUAUUUUGGAGUUCUUACCAACACCCGCCACCACCCAUUCUGUCUGCAUUCCUGUUCCCACAACUUCUGGGCUGGGCUUACCUUCCCACAUCUACUCUGCCAAUGGGUGCCCCACAGCCGAAAGGACUGUUACUCCCUCAUCACUGAUCUCUGGCUAAGGAGGUGUCGUCAUUUUGCUUUGGCAAAAUUAUUCUACUGACAGAAGUGCUCAGGACACCCAGAAUCAAGGUCACAGUGGGCUGCUCUGUGAAACCUUGUGCCUUUUGGAACUCCAUCUAUGGACAGUGCUUAAGGAGGCAGGGAGACUGAAAUUCCUAUAAGCCCUGCAACACUGCUCUGACA